AUGUUGCACCGCGACCGCUCCAGACUGGCACGUCUGCUGAGCUCGAAUCUGGCGCAGCUCCAGGCCCGUUCUGCAGCCCCACUAGGGCCCGGGCUCUGCCUCUGCCAGUGCUUCAAGGCGCAGAGUAGAGGGUGCGGUAGUGGGUACCGCACCUGCAAGAGAGGGGUAUCACUGAGACAAAAAGCGAAGCGUGUUAGCAAAAUUGUCUACAAUCUGGGAAAUGGCCUCCGCGGCACAGGGCCAGAGCUUUGGGUGAUGGAAUCCUCGGUCAGAUGGAGUGAUUUGUUUUCGACCUUUCACGGCAGCUGGGAAAGCCGCUCGAAACACAACUUUGAAUCAUCGCGACCUCCCGCCACCAGAAAAGGCUGGGUAAAUGCCAUCUCGGGCGCCAUGUACCUGAUAACGCUCGACUGGGGAGGAGAAUAA